UUCAUUACGCAAUCCAUGCCAGGUCGUUUUUACCAGCCUCCGCUUCUCUCCCUCCUCUCUCCCAUUAAUCCAUCUCCUUCGCCUCCCCUAACUAUUGCAUGGACCUUUUGUCCUCCAAAUCCGAAGAGAAAUCCUUCUCCAAUCUCUUCACCAACAAAUGGCAGUUCGAUACGGCCUUCCCUUCCCUCAAACCAGCCGUGGACACUGAACUCCUUCAGAACUGCGAUCUUCCUCCUCCUCUCAAGCGUUUCUCUCCCGAGCAAUCUUUGUUGGGCGUUUAUGGUUAUAGCAACAAGCAAAGCUUGUUAAUGGCGGCUCUGCAGCGGUCGCAGAGUCGGGCAAGAGAGGCGGAGAGGAAGGAGAAGCUGGCGAUUAUGAGGAGCGGGAAGUUGGGGGCAAUGUUGUUGGAGGAGUCCAUGAAGUUGCUUGUGAUGCGGCGGUGGGCUAUGCUGCUCGAGCUAGAGAUUGCGGUGCUCCGGCGAGAGGAGUGGCGUGGUUUGGGGGAUGAUAAGGCGGCGAUGGCAGCGAAGGAGGAGGAGGAAGGGCAGGUUAGGGCCGUUGGCACCAAAUGGUGCUUAGUGGUUGCGCUUUGCAUUGGUAUUGUUGGGGCAGGAUAUUUGUUUGGUGGAUGCUGUUUUUAAUUAAUUU